CAGAUGGCGAGUGGGGGAGAGGAAAUAAGAGCCAGUGGAUAAAACACGGCUGCAAACCGGAGAGAGGAGUAAACACAGCCAGAGAGUCGAGUGAAGGAGCCGCGGUAUCAACCGGAGCAGCUCGGAAUCUGUGUGGCUUCCAGUGCAACGUGUGAAGGGAAGGAACUUGUAGUUGCGAAGACUAUCCUGAGGAGGUGAAGUUUUACAUUAAGGGAGUGUUUUGUUUGGCUUCACCUGGUUGGCGGUUGGGAAUUACAAAUUGAUCGCAGUCUCGAUGCAAGUCUCUAAAGCUUCUCUUUGGAUGGCGCUGUGUUGGUUAAUGUUGAGUUUGCUUCUCCAAACUCUUCACGCUCACAAUGACUUCUUCACAUCUAUUGGUCAGAUGACGGAUCUGCUGUACACAGAGAAGGACUUGGUGACAUCGCUGAAAGAUUACAUCAGAGCCGAGGAGAAUAAACUGAAGCAGGUUAAACUAUGGGCUGAGAAGUUGGACUCUCUGACACUAACGGCGAUGGAGGACCCCGAGCGCUUCGUAGGUCACCCCGUCAACGCCUUCAAGCUGAUGAAGAGACUGAACACGGAGUGGGCCGACGUGGAGAGCCUCGUGCUCAGUGACACCACUGACGGAUUUAUCUCUAAUCUGACGGUGCAGAGGCAGUUCUUCCCCAACGAUGAGGAUCAGAAAGGAGCAGCGAAAGCUUUAAUUCGACUGCAGGACACGUAUCAGCUCUCAGCCAACACCAUCUCUGCUGGAGAUCUGCCUGGUGUGGUCUAUAAGAGUCGUAUGACGGUGGAGGACUGUUUCGAGCUGGGGAAGGUGGCGUACUCGGAGGCGGAUUACUACCACACCGAGCUGUGGAUGGCUCAGGCUCUCAAACAGCUGGACGACGGAGAGGACUCGUCCGUGGACAAAGUGACCGUCAUGGACUACCUCAGCUACGCCAUCUACCAGCAGGGCGAGUUAGAGCGAGCACUGGAGCUCACCAAGAGGAUGCUCAAACUGGAUCCCACUCACCAGCGCGCCAAAGGAAACCUGAAGUAUUUCGAAGUCCAGUUGGAGAAGCAGAGGAGAGCAGAAGCAGCUGCAGAAGGUGAAAAGCGAGAGAAGAGACAGGUGGAUAAACGGUCUGUGCAGAUGAAGCGCUCCAAUGACCCGCUGCCUGAGAGGAAGAGAUACGAGCAGCUGUGCAGAGGAGAGGGCGUGAAAAUGACUCCUCGUAGGCAGAGCCGUCUGUUCUGCCGCUACUUUGACAACAAGCGCAAUCCUCGUCUGCUAUUGGCUCCCAUCAAGCAGGAGGAUGAAUGGGACCGCCCCCGCAUCGUCCGCUACCAUAACAUCAUCUCCGAGUAUGAGAUCGGGAAGAUCAAAGAGCUCGCCAAGCCCAGGCUCCGGAGGGCCACCAUCUCGAACCCCGUCACGGGUGUGCUCGAGACCGCCUCCUACAGGAUCAGCAAGAGUGCCUGGUUAACGGGUUAUGAGCACCCAGUGAUCGAGAGGAUCAACCAGCGAAUCGAGGACAUCACAGGUCUGGACAUGCUCACAGCCGAGGAGCUGCAGGUAGCAAACUACGGUGUUGGAGGACAGUAUGAGCCGCAUUUUGACUUCGGCAGGAAAGACGAGCCGGAUGCCUUUAAAGAGCUUGGCACAGGGAACCGAAUUGCCACCUGGCUCUUUUAUAUGAGUGACGUGUCAGCAGGGGGCGCUACAGUUUUCCCAGAUGUUGGAGCUGCAGUUUGGCCCAAAAAGGGAACAGCAGUAUUCUGGUAUAAUCUGUUCUCCAGUGGGGAGGGAGAUUACAGCACGAGGCACGCAGCCUGUCCCGUACUGGUGGGCAACAAAUGGGUGUCGAACAAAUGGAUCCACGAGAGAGGACAGGAGUUCAGGCGACCCUGCGGCCUCAGCGAGACAGAAUGACGAACAGAAAACGUUUCCUAAUCCUCCUCCUCCUCCACUCCUUCAUCCUUCACAUUUUCAGUACACUGACAAUCUCCUGUUUUAUUGGCUCUUUAGUUUUAGAGUGGCCUUGAGUCUGUUUCACAUGUGGAAAUGGUCACCAUUACACACACACACACACACAUACACACUGAGAAAUGUCCAGCUGUACAUGACAACAGAUUUAACAGCUUUAAACAGUCUAAACUUUAACCACUGACGCAAACACUCCAAACAUAAAAAAAUAAAGGAAUAAAACAAAGGCAGUGUUUAUGGAAGAUUUCAUCUCUGACCAAAGGAGCCGUUUUAUAUACAGAAAUAAAGCAGGGUUUGAGCUUUCAACCAGAAGUUCAGACAUUCUUACAAAACCAAAAUUCCUGGCGUGACCAAAGGUUUUUUUUUUUCCUUUUACUGGAUUUCAAUUUUAUUUAUCUGAAGAGGUCAAAACCUCUGUGUUUUUUGUGUCUAUGGAAAUGUUUUUAAAAGUGUCGUGUUUUCUAUGGAAAUAAAAUAAUGUGCCUUCCUUGA